CUGCCAUUAAAUUUUGUCAGAUCAGACAAGAAGCCCGAAGAUUUCUGUGAAUCGCUGAUCGAUAGCUCGAGCAAGUACAAUGCUUUCCAGAUAAUUUGUUUCCAAAGGGACGAGAAUGAUCAGUAUGAAGUGGUCGGCUUGGCAAAUCAUUUUGUCGACAAAAUUGAAGUUGUCAAAUUCCCACCAGGCAUUUACGGCUUCGGGAACAGUCCGUCAUCGAAGCCAUUCAAAAAAAUUCAGCGAGGAGUGAGCAGAAUGAAGGAAAUUAUUGAAAAAAUUAACACGCAACGUUUAUCAGAAGAAGAAACUAUUGAGCGGCUGAUGCAAUUAGCCACUGAUAAACAUCAGCAAAAAGCGUUUUUCAGAUGUUUUCCUGAUGAGCAACUGAAACAACAGUGUAGGCGAUCGAACGAGCUUUGUAGAUAUCGUACUGCCAUUUUUGUGCAAUUUCCGGAUGGAAUCCCGUACGGCACGAGGUCGCACACAAUAGUACUGGUGGAUCGCAACAAUCGAGCAACUUUCUAUGAGAAGGCAAUGGAUGCAGCACCAAAAAGAGCGAGCGAGGCGAACUGGACCGAGCGCACCUUUCACUUUGAUCUCGUUUGAAA